AUGCCACACGAUAGAUCAUUGCUAAAAGAGUUUACAACCAACUUUGUUAUCAUUGUAACUCACCUGUUAGAUGAUUUAUCGUUCCAAAAAAUCGCCACCCAAUCAAAAUCCUUUGUAGGCACGGCGGGCACCAAUCAACUGUACGAGGCUAGUAAUGCGGUGGAUGGAAACACAGCAACAUGUAUGAGAACAAUAGUAAUAGGCACAGGACUUAGCACCCCUGAUAAGACUGUCUGGUGGAAAGUUGAUCUUGGUGGUGUGUACAACAUUUACAGAAUUAACAUCCUAUUUAAAAACUACGACGGUUACGAGGACCGUCAAAGAGGACGAUUUGCAGGAUUCUCGCUGUACGUGUCCGACACAGAUGUAUCAUUUGAUGCUGGUAUAAAAGGUUCCAAUCUGUGUUACAAGGACGGACCUCAGUUACCACCCUUAAACUUUACAACAGUAUGUACAGAAAAAGGACGAUACGUCAUAUAUUACAACGAAAGGUUAGACGGAGUUAUCUACCCGAAAGGAUAUGAAGUCACAAAUGUAUAUGAGGAGCUCUGUGAGGUCAUAGUUCAAGGGUGUAAAAAUGACGGUUUCUACAGCAGUAACUGUGACACUCCUUGCCCCAACAACUGUAAAGAUAGCACUUGUCACAUAGAGAGUGGAGCGUGUUUCACGUGUAAACCUGGAUGGACCGGAGUACAUUGUAAUACAAAAUGUAGAGAAGGAUGGUACGGUAUAAACUGUGACCAGCCGUGCGUAGGCCAUUGUAGAGACAACGCCACCUGCAAUCAUGUGAUUGGUCAAUGUGACAGAGGGUGUGCUGCCAGAUGGACAGGAAAACUGUGUGACAAAGGGCAGAUGUUUUCCGUCAACCAAGAUAUCAACGCUUCGAAAAAUGGUAGUAGUGGUGCUUUUACGUCACCUGGAUAUCCUGGAAAUUAUCAAAACGAUGCACAUUACACAUGGACUUUGACAACUGGAGAUUCUAACGCAGCGGUCGUAUUUAACAUUACUGACUUUGAUUUGGUAAAGUACCACUUUACUUCAAAGUGUGAGGAUUAUUUACAGAUAGAGAGGAUAGAACCGUAUUAUAUACGAAUUAUAAAAAGAUGUGGACAUUUUGCUCCAUUUAAUCUUGUGUACACUGGGAACAUUUUCGUCGUUACAUUUGUGUCGGAUAGCAUUUACAACUCUAUAGGGUUUUAUUUCUCCUGGAAAGAAAACAAAAGAUCGAACGACGACAACAGAGACAACCAAGACAACAUCAUCAAGAACAACAACACCAAAUCCAAUAGCAAAAAAAUCAACAAGGGAGAUCCAUACGCUGCCGUCAGCUAUGUUGACUUCGAGCAAAAAACAGCCGAGUACACACAAAAAUGUUCCAUUAACAAAGAAUACAGAGUCGUUUAUAGUAAAAGACAGAGGGAAAAAAAGAAAACCUUUUAA